AUGUCCCUGCUCAUCCAGGCCCAAACCUCGGACGACGACCAGGAGAUCAUGGACUGCAUCAACCUCGUCAAGCAGUCCAGUCUGACGGGCCUCAUCCACGAGUCCAUCAACGUCACCAACAUCAACGACUACACGCGCUCGUGGUUCUCAUGGGCCAACUCUGUCUAUGCGCAGACGAUCCUCAAGGUUGCAGAGGAGCGGCCGCAUUUGAUCUUUGGGAAAGGCGCUAAGCCUUACAAGCCGGAGUAA